AUGCCUGAUUGGGAAGAGCUCAGGUGCCAGUAUUCCGCCCUGUACUACAAAAACGUCAUCGUUUUAAAAAGGUCGAUAAAGAUGUCAGUAAUCGAAAUAGGGAUCACCUUCUUCUGUGCCAGUGCAUUCCUUCUCCUCAAACUUAUCACACGCACGAAGCAGUUUCCCCCCGUCAGCUUAAACUAUGGGAUUCAAGAAACCUUCACUUACAUGCCUGAUACUUUAGCUCUCAGAGCUAUGGUCAAUGUCAACUGGACAAAAAAUGCCUACACAGGGUUAACUCCUACUCAGCUGGUUGUUGCACAGCUGUACUUGAACUACUGGUUGGGACAACCCGGCAACCUGACACACAACCCGCGGUUGUUGGUGAAAACUCAGAUGAUGCCUGCCGUUACUAUUGGCGUUGAGAAUUUGUCGGAUAUUCUUAUUGUACUCCCCACGAUAAUGCUGUCUCUUGUUGUCAUCUCAACGUUACUUAUUGUCGAGGAGAAAGAAGCCAAUAUUAAGGAGACACUGAAGGUGCAGGGCCUCUCUCAAGUGGUGUACUGGAGCUCAUGGCUUCUGGCUCGGCUUUUUAUUGGUCUCAUAAACGUCCUGAUCGUGUCCUUACUGUGGAGCUACGAGUGGAAAAGAGGGCCCAUGUUUCAUUUGUCGUUUGUAUCUCAAUUCACAUUGUAUACUCACAUGACCAUAAAUAGCCUGACAUUUUCGCUGAUGUUGUCCUGUUUUUUAAACGAUGCGAAACUCGCCGGAUUGUACGCCUUUUUUUAUUUCGUGGCUGCGAACGUCCUAUCAAACCAAGUCAGUGGAUCGUGGAUAAAUGUUUUGGUGGGGCCCUUCCUCUACUCCCAUGGCAUGAUUAUGUGUUUUAAAUGGUUGUGCGCGGAGGAAUUUCGAUAUUUCAGACAUGAGAAAACAGACGCGGAUGUUUUACCGUUUGUUGAAGGAAUGUUGUACAUGGUACUCAAUAGUGCCGUGAACUGUACGAUAGUGUUGGCAAGCGAACGUUUACGGUUUAGAGAGGCUAUCAGAUGUGAAAUAAAGAAAACAUGUAUCCCUCCCGUACCUCCGCAAAAUAAAAAGUUCUUUGAAAAGCCUUCAGGGACUGAGACAACAGGAAUUGUCGUUCGUGACUUGGUCAAGAUGUACGAUAAAGCCAUGGUAGUUUCUGGCGUCAGUCUGGACAUCUACACCAACCAGAUUACAAUGUUACUCGGACACAAUGGUGCCGGUAAAACGACGAUGAUUUCAAUGAUCUUAGGUCUGACCCCCAUAACUCGCGGUCAAGUGAUGAUUGACGGCAUGGAUGUUAUUGGAAACAUGACAGCCAUUAGAAAAACCCUGGGCUUCUGUCCUCAGCACGAUUUGUUUUUUCCCAGACUCACAGUCUACGAGCAUAUGGUCUUCUACACUAAGAUGCGAAAAGGAGAACUCACCAGAACUGGAGCUUUAGAAACUUUGUCGCAGCUGGAGCUGCAGCUUAAAAUCGAUGACAAGCCCAAGAAUUUGUCUGGGGGACAGAAGAGAAAGCUUUCCGUUGCUUGUGCAUUUGUAGGCAAUACCAAGACCAUAUUCCUGGACGAGCCCUCGACGGGACUCGAUCCCAGUUCUCGCAGGGACUUGUGGCGUUGUCUGACCAACCUGCGACAAGGACGUACACUCUUAAUGACGACACAUUUUAUGGACGAGGCCGACUACCUGAGUGACCGGAUAGCCAUCAUGGCCAACGGCGUCGUCAAGUGCUGCGGGACGCCCAUGUUCUUAAAGAAAAUUUAUGGGAUUGGCUACAAACUGACUUUGGUCAAGUCCGCGGAGUGUCAUGAAUACAAAGUGAUUCAACACGUCUUGUCUAGUGUACAAGCCGCUAUAUACCAGUCAUCCAACAUAUCAGAGAUUACGUUUCUACUUCCUGAUAACUGCGUCAGUGAAUUCCCAAAACUUUUGCAAAGUUUAGACAAAAAAAUGGCUUCGUUAAAUUUACAAUCGUAUGGACUCUCAGCUACAACAAUGGAGGAUGUCUUUCUCAGAGUAGGGGAGAUAAGCGAAUCGAAACAAGAUUCUCAAACUGAAACGUUCAGCCAAAAAAUCGAGCAGAAAGCUCCAAUUGAUAUCCCAAGCAGUUUGCAAGUGGAGAAAAAAGAUUCUCAAAAAUCAUCUAAAACAAAAAAUCAAAGAAACUCUGUUGAGCUGAAGUCCAUUGUGGUGGAAGUCGGCAACUCAAACGUCGACCCGACGCCAACACAGUCCUUGCGACAGACGACCACAUCACAGUCCCUGAGACAGACCACUACGUCACAGUCCCUGAGACAGACCACUACGUCACAGAGUGCUAGCCAAAACCUGAGCACAAACCCAGGGGACAUGCCAGAUACAGCCGACAAUGACGUGGUUGAUAAAGAGCAGGGUGACGUCAUAGAAGCCAGGCCAGAAUCAAUAGAUGAGAAAAACAAAGGCAGGCAACUAAAAGCCAAUCAGUUUAGAGCUCUGUUGAUAAAAAGAUGGAUUCUAACAAAACGAAGUUGGGUGACAUUAGCGUCGAUACUAGCUCUAAACCUGUUCGCUACUCUGGUAUUUGUCGCUUUGACCUACAAUUCUGAGCUGGAUCUACCGAUGGACUUUAAGCUCAGUGACUACAAAAAUAUCACCAUCGUUGUUGGUAAACCAAGCGACAACAACUCUGUGGCCAUCUACCACGGGUUGAUAUCUCUUCUUCCUCCUGAUGUGCGUGUGGUAGAGCCCAACAGGUCAUUGAGCUUUGAUGAUUUCCUUAAAGGUUGGAUCCGAACCAACGGUUUCUCUAGGUAUAGGGAGGAGAUAAUGAUGGGCUUUGAGAUUAACGAACCACCAAGCCCCAGUAUCGUUCACUAUCAGGGUUUUUACGUCCACAGUGAACCUGUCGCUGUCGAUGUUUUCCUCAACGCUCAUAUCCAAGCAUUGCUGGGGUCUAAUUAUUCCCUCCAAAGCGGGGUAUACCCGUAUACAGAGUAUGACCAAAAUAUCCUGUACCAAGGCUUUAGCCUAUUGCUGAUAUUAGGAGCUUUAUUCUCCUUACACACUGUCAUUGUGGGCUGGCUCAUCAGAGAAAGAAUUAGCGGGGCCAGACAGCUUGAAACAAUAACAGGAGUUCCAAUUUGGGUUUCAUGGCUAGCAAAUUACCUAUUUGAUAUGUGCCUUCAAUUGGUGAUUGCGGCAAUUUUCUGGAUUGCUAUUCUCUGUCAGAAGUCGACGCAAGAACUAAUCGUUCAUCUUCCAAUGAUUAUUUGGACUCAGCUGCUGUUUAUGCUAGAUGUUCUUCCAUAUUGCUAUUUGUUCCAGAUGUAUUUUAAAAGAUCCUCCAAUGCUGUGUUUAGCCUAAUGGCGUUUCAACUGAUCGUUCAAACGCUAUAUGUUAAGAUGACCAGCUUGAAUGAGAAUAAACCCAUUUCUUCUUUUGUCAACUUUGCGCUACAUGUUUUGAUGAUCAGCUCUCCGUAUACCAAAUAUUUGGAUAUUGUCUCGUUACUAGAACCUACACACCAAGAGUCGUUUAAAGUGGCCAAGGAAAUAGCAUUAUACAUUUCUCUACAUGCAUUGGGUACUUGGAGUUUACUUCUAGCAAUCGAAUAUUUUAACGUAAAAGAGAUAAGUUUUCAAUCACUAAAUGACUGUCGGAGAAGUGAAUUCUUGCCCGUCGAAAAAGUAACAGCUGAAUCUGAUGACGAUGUUAGCAAUGAACAAAAUCGAAUUUUAAACACAGAUUUAAAACAGUUGUUUCUGACAGAUGCCUUGAUUCUGGUAAAAGUCUGCAAACAUUACUACAAAUUUUCAAAAGCGUUGACAGCCGUUGACAACACUUGCCUUGGGAUCCCAAAAAAUGAAUGUUUUGGACUACUUGGACAAAAUGGCGCAGGGAAAACAACAACAUUCAAAAUACUGACGGGGGAAUGUGAAAGUACAUCAGGCGAUGUUUACUUCAAUGGUCUCAGUCUUGAUACUAACUUAUCUAAAAUCCAUCAAAUGAUGGGUUACUGCCCGCAGGACGAUUAUCUACACGACGACCUCACGGGCAGGGAGUCGCUUUACCUGUUUGGUCGUCUGCGGGGAGUUCCAGAGAAAAGUCUUCCAGGUGUCACGGAUUAUCUGAUUAGUGCUGUUUUACUGGACCUGCAUGCCGAUAAAGAGACGAAAAAAUACAGCCUGGGCAGCAAACGCAAACUUUCCACAGCACUGGCCGUGAUUGGCGACCCCCAGUUUGUCAUGCUGGAUGAACCAACAUCUGGCAUGGAUGCUAUGGCCAAGAGAGCCAUAUGGGACUUGCUCCAAAACGUCAGAUCUCUUGGCUCCACCCUCGUCUUGACGUCACACAGCAUGGAAGAGUGUGAACUCCUAUGUACAAGACUGACCAUUAUGGUGGGCGGGAAGCUCAUGUGUCUAGGCAGUCCCCAACACCUGAAGACAAAGUACGCCCAGGGUUAUACAAUAACCGUACACUUGAAGCCUGACUCGGGGGUACCCAUACAAGGAAUCAUAGACAACCUGUUAAAGAUAUUCAGCGGGGCUCAGGUCUUUGGACAGAUGGACACCUACCUUCACCUUCAAAUCCCAGCAGACAGCCUCCCCCUGUCGUCCAUGUUUAAAAUGAUGGAGAAAGCCAAGAAAGACAUGAACUUUGAGCACUACACCAUACAGCAAACCUCGCUGGAACAAGUCUUUCUGAUGUUCAUGAACAAAAACAAAACAACUGGUUGUUGACCAAUACAUUGGCGUUUUCGCAUUCGUGGGAUAAAGCACAAUACAGAAAUAGUAUAUUAGGACGUCGU